AUGGACCCUUUGUCUUUGUCUGCCAACAUCGGCGCUGUUAUCGGACUCCUAGAUGCGGUAUGCCGUCUCGGGAAAGAGACGUACCGAGUGGUCUCUGCAAUCAAGCAUGCGCCCGAGGAAAUCAAAAGACUGAGUAUGGAGCUAGAAGAAAUCGACUUUCUCCUUCUUAACAUUCACCAAUACUGCCAAAGAUACCAGCGACAACACCCGAUCAUGGUCGCCGAAUCGAACUCAGCAAUCAGCCAUCUCUUCAAACUUCUCCAGAAAUUGCGGCUGGAGUACGAAGUUACAACAGAGAUCGUGGAGAGGAACACCGAGACACCCCAUUCUGGCAGGAGACAGCGACUACGGUCUAUGGGUAACAGAGUGAAACUCGUGCUUGCGGGGGAGUUGAAAGCUACAUUCAAAACUCUUUCGAGAUACAAGGCUCAGUUGAGCAUUAAUCUUCAAGUACUUGCCGGGUUCAAUGACCUUGCCGUACAUGACUCUAUUCAGGAGUUGAGCCACACCCUUUCGCCCCUAAAUCUUGGUACAGAGAAGAAACGCGCGGCUGUCAAAGAAGACCAACAUCUUCUCUCCGAGAAAGGAUCUAUCCAAUAUCACCACCAACCACCAAAAUAUGCUCAUCAUGAGGCUUCCACCAGCCUCAGACCCCCUUCGGACUGGGUAUUAAACGAGGGGAGUCUCGACCGGGCCACCCUGCCAUUGAUGCUUCUCAAGCCAAAGAUACAAGAAGCCCUGAGUCUUCUAACAUUGUACAAACCGGGCCAGGCACAAUUGUCCAAUCAGGACACUAACUGGAUUCAACAAGAACUGGAGAGCCUGCUUGUGCUUUGUCAUGAAACGGCCGCGAUUACACUAAAGAUGCAAAGCGGCACCGUCAAAUCCGGUGCAUCACAUACCAUGGCAAGCAAGGAGCAUCCGAAGACUGUUUCCCAAUACAAAGCUGAAAAGGCGCGCCCAGUAGGGAAAAAUAAUGAGAUAACUACCACCAAGUUUCUUGCUCGGGAGUCUCCGGCAGGUAAUGUUUCGGUCCGGAUCCAGUGCAUCAAAAAUCCGGAUUCCGGGCACACCGCGGUAUCUGAUAUUAUGCUCCUACUCACACCUAAUCCAGCAAUUCAUACAAAUGGCUUCGUUAUCUCACUAGCACGUCUGAAUCAGAAGCUCCAACAGCCCCCAAUUCACCGGUCUAUCUCGAUGUAUACUGUCGUCGACCCAAAUUCCCCAAUCUUUGAAUGUGUUGAAUCCAACAAUAUCGACCAUCUACGGCAGCUGCUCGGGAGUAGAGAGGUAACCCCGGAUAUACGUAAUACAGAUAACGAGAGCUUGCUGUCGGUUGCUGCUCGACAUUUACGACUAGAAAUAUGUGAGCUCUUGAUCAACGAAGGAGCAGAUCCCAGUCACUGUUGCUGGGAUGGCACCAAUGCAAUAUACGCCGUUCGUAAUGCUUUCUGGUACCGAGCCAUGGCUUACAAUGUGCCAAAGCCUGUCCUCAACCAACUACUUAGGCUUUUUGUUCGAGCAGGCUGUGACAUCAACUCUGUCGCUCUUGGUGGAAACCCUCUCCAUUUCACUGUCAGCAAUACUUUACCCGGAUCAGCAAUCAUCGACGAAGAGGAGAUCUCAUGUUUGGUCAACCUUCUAAUCUGCUUGGGUUGCGAUAUCGAGCAUGAGAACAGUGACGGUCUCACUCCCCUACUAUACAACGCUUGUAUUCCGGGAUGGAAUGGCGUUGCAGUUCUGAAAGAACUUCUCCAAUGGGGAGCAAAUCCACAUGCAAAGACACAUUUAGGCGAGGGGCCAUUACAUCUCGCAAUUGCCUAUUCGAUCCCGGGAACCGUACAUGGUGACCUGGGAUUUCGCUGCCUACAGGCACGUCUUGGUCUUCUGCUCAAAGCCGGCUGUGACCCAAACCUCCAGGAUCAAAACGGGCAUACUGUCUCCGACUUUGCACUUAGUAGCCCUAGAACCUGGUUUCAAUGGUGCCUAGCAAUGGAAAGGAACCAGAGCUUACCGAUCGAGGAGAUUAUAAGGAAAGAGGAUAAUUCUGAAGGCGAUCAUGUUUCGCUAUCGAGUCAUGGGCGCUCAUAUGACGAUUGCCAUAGUAAUGACGAUCUAGAAUCUGAUUGGGAAUCUUGCAGUGACAGUGAUAGGGGUGAGACUGACUCUUCCUAUAAUCUCCCACUCACCUUUUGCUCCGAUUAUAACCAUCCGUUCCUCUCGUGGGGUGGUUUCUUUCCCUGGAGUAUCCCUCCAUCAUGCUGGGAUUGCGGUCUACCUGUUCAGCUGGAAGACAUUGCCGGAAAGAAAUGGCAGGCGCUGAAUAUUUUUCAAACUCUGAGAUCAUAG